UCGGGGUUGGACCUUAAUUCAGCAAGACAGUCGGGAAGAGUCAAGGGACGGGUUGGUACGGAAACCUGGAGGUCUCUGCUAAAAUCCAGAACGGAUACCCCAAGGUUUUAUUUUAUUACAGCCCCAAAAGAAAUAUUUCCAUCAUGGUGGUGGUAACGGCUUCAGCUGGAAGCCACAAAGUGCUCCUGAUAUCCGGGAAACAACCUGGCUCACCGAGCGGCUCACAGACGGCCUACAGCCGGCAGAUAUCUCUGGUUUUACCGUCCAGUCAGGUGUCGUCGGACUCGGACUCCAACAUGUCUGUGGGGCCGCCGGUGCGGAAGCGACAGAGGCUCACUCAUUUGAGUCCGGAAGAAAAAGCGCUUCGCAGGAAACUGAAGAACAGAGUGGCAGCUCAGACUGCAAGAGACAGGAAAAAGGCCAAAAUGGGGGAACUGGAACAACAAGUUGUAGAAUUGGAGCUGGAGAACCAGAAACUUCACAUCGAGAACAGAAUGCUUCGGGAAAAAACAAACGGUCUCCUGACAGAAAAUGAGGAAUUGAGACAGAGACUUGGGUUGGACACCCUGAAAUCAAAAACAAAGGUUCAGACGCUGCCAUCCAACGGGAACGACGCAGGUUUGGGGAUCGGGUCUUCUGAGCGCAGCACUCAGGCUACGUGUGCCUCCGCAGCAGGUGCAGGCCCAGCAGUCCCUAAAUCUGAAGACUUCUCAAUGGAUACAGAUUGUCUUGACUCUACAGACAAUGAGUCUGAUCUGCUGCUGGGCAUUCUGGACAUCCUUGACCCAGAGCUGUUCCUCAAGUCUUGUGAUCAGGAGUGCCAGGAGCCGCAGGUGCUGCUGGUUGGAGGGGGGCACCCAGUACCUGCCGCCCCACCUGCGCCUCUGGGGACCCCAUCAGUUAAGCUGGAGGCCCUUAAUGAACUGAUUCACUUUGAUCACAUUUACACCAAGCCAGUGGAGGAGGUGAGCAGCGAGCAAUGCAGCAGCGACUUGGAGAGCAGCACCAAUGAGAAGAACGAUGGGGCCCCCUUCACCAUUACGGAGGUCGUAGUCGAGGAGGAGACGGUCUGCGUGAAAGAAGAGCCUGAUGAAGUGGUCAUCCCUACCUGUGUUGGUCACAGUGAGGCAGAUGGCCUCUUCCCUGGUGCCUCCUCCUCGGCUCUCGGCACCCUGGAGAAGGAAGCCUCACUUGCGGACACCUACAGCGACUCCGGAUAUGAAGGGUCCCCUUCCCCUUUCAGCGACAUGUCCUCUCCCCUGUGUUCUCAGAGCUCCUGGGAUGACAUGUUUGCCAGUGAACUCUUUCCCCAACUUAUCAGCGUCUGAAAUCAACUCUGCCCAAGAAGUCUAAUAUGUUAAAUUGUAAAUACACAAGCUAAUGUGUAGUGUUAAAUUUUCAGUUUCUAUAUUUUAAAACUAAUCUAUAAGACAAACUGUAA